GGAGUAGACAAGUGGGACUUGUACUAAUUUGCAGCGGUUGAGAUGGACACGCACUAUAGAUUAUAAUCACAUCUACUACACUUUUUUAUUCUAUCAAUUCUCGAGAAAGCUACCUACUACUCACUACGCAGUGACUUUGAUCAUGGUGUCUGCAGAUGUAGUCUUCCUUUUCGGUGCUUGAUGAUGCGGAUCACAUGAUAGACUUUGAAAAAUACCAAUGGCAGGUUGGUUACUAAAUAUACAAUACAGCGUGCUACGACAACAUCCUACUCAGCAUAGCUUAAACAACAUCUUAUGACGGCCGGACAGCAUAUAUAUAUUGUGUAACGACAGUCUCUGCAUUUUGUCUCUUUCUCAGCAAUAAUUCAGCAAAUUGAUACCUCCACACCAUACAUACCGUAUACAGCCACCCCGGCCGGUUCGCCUGCUUGAGCUGCUUUUCCUCCUCGCUCACACUCUCCGACCAGUAAACUUACUACUUGGUCCAAGACAAGACCCCAAAGUUCUUCUCGUCAGUCGUCUGCGUCUGGUCUUCCUGGAAAGCAACCAUCCAUCCGGCCAUCUUUGGUAGACAGCCGACCGGCGAGGAGUGGCGAGGUUGCACUACAACAUCCAUCUUUCAAAGGUCGCAGUGAAAUUAAGCCAAGGUAAGACCAGCUAGGAUAUGCCCCCUCCGUCAGGAAGUACUCAUUGGAAAAAUGGAUGUAUCUAGACAUAUUUUAGUUCUAGAUACAUCCAAUUUUAUCGAUUUCUUUGACAAGUAAUUUCGGAUGGAGGAAGUAUAUUUGAAAGAUGGAUGUUCACAAUGUAGCUUCCUGGGUUCAACCAGUGGCAUGUGUUGUCAGGUAAGUGUACGAUUUUUGGACUGAAAUUUAUGAGUACAUGCGUUGCUUGUGUCAUUAAACACAUGUUUAGAGUGAACUUUCCAUAAUUAUUGGCAAAACUAAUGGUCAGUCAAACUAGAUUAGCGAAAUAAUUCCCAUGGAAUCAUGUAAUCUAUUCAUAUUUGUAUGCAGAUCAAGCUCUCAUAUCACCUCCCUGGUAGGAUAUAUCACAUCUCUCCUUCCCUCCCUUGUUAACUUGAGAAGACUGGGCAACAUCUGGCACACGUCAAUUCACUACAUGCCAUCAAUCAUCUUUUUCAACCAUGACACUUAUUUUUUAUCGGUGGGAGUAUUAGGUUGUUGCAAACUUCUCAUAGUUAGUGACGUACCUACAUCUUGGUCGAUAUCUGACAACACAGUGUCUAGUAUAUGGAAGAUACGUCAUUGCUUAGAUUGUCUAUCUGACAACACAGCAUGCAGAUAUCUUGUGUAAAUAUUAUUUCGUGAAUACUUAAUUACUUGGGCAAUUGUGGUCUAGCUAGUGGCCUCACAAAUAACGUGUGCCGUAUUGUUUCAAGCUAGGGUAACUGAGUUGGUACAUAACUGACCCAGGUGCCCAAAUAAUGGAUCACCAAGGUUGUAUAACAGAAAUUGAGCUGGAAAACAUGUUGUUCGAUGAAGAUUUAGAGCCCAUCGCCCUGCCAUACUCACUUUUGAAGAAAAUCACAGAUGAUUUUUCUGAUAAGUUGGAAGUUGGAAGAGGUGGCUUCGCGGUGGUUUAUAAGGCAAUACUUGAUAAUGGUGUUGUUGCCGUAAAGAGACUGUCCAAUACGUACAUGUACGAGGAAAAAUUUCAAGGAGAGAUUGAGUGUCUCAUGAAGGCGAAGCACAAGAAUAUUGUACGAUUUCUAGGAUAUUGUUCUGACACACAAGGAAAUAUGGAAAGCUACAAUGGGAAAUGGGUUAUGGCAGAUGUACAACAAAGAUUGCUCUGCUUUGAAUAUCUGCCUAAAGGAAGUCUUGAUGGUCAUAUAACUGAUUUAUUUGGAGAAAUUGAAUGGAGAAAGCGCUACAAUAUAAUAAAGGGGGUAUGUGAGGGGUUAAAUUAUCUUCACCAAAAAAAUAUUAUGCACUUAGACUUGAAACCCGGAAAUAUAUUGUUGGAUGAGGAUAUGAUGCCGAAAAUUACUGACUUCGGACUAUCAAGGUGUUUUGAGGAAGACCAAACACGGGUCAUUACUAAAAAUGUGGCUGGAACUAUGGGAUAUUUGGCACCAGAAUGCUAUUGCGGUGAAAAAAUUGCAAUCACACACAAGUUUGACUUGUAUAGUCUUGGUGUUAUAAUUAUAGAGAUAUUGACUGGAAAGAAGGGAUAUCAGAUUGCUAUUGAGAAUGUACUUGAAAUUUGGAGUAAUAUGAUGUUGGAUGCACUGCAGUGGGAACAAUUACGAGUAUGUGCUAGGAUUGGGAUAGAGUGCACAGAUCUCGAUCCAGGGAAGAGACCAGCUAGUAUGAAGCACAUAGUUGAUGCGCUCGCGCAAACAGAAUGCAGUACGCAUUUAAGCCCUGCAGGUGGGGAAAGUGAGCUUCUUCUCCUUCAACAGUUCACAUUGUGCUUCCCCUUUGAGCCCAACAAGGUUAUCACAUGCCCCCUGCAACUAACAAACAACACAGAUAAACAUGUUGCAUUUAGGCUUACGGACAAGAGCAUGGAGUCCUCCUUCAUAAGGCUGCCGUUGUAUGGCAUUGUCCCACCUAACACCCCUUUCACUCUCAUCAUUACAACCCAAGAGAAAGAAGAGCUACCACAAAAGUAUAUCAUAGAUGUGAUCCUCCACAAUGCUACAUUGAUAUUGGAGGAUGAUGAGUAUAUAAACACUUUCCAAAGCCAGCCAGACAAUUUUUUCCGUGAGAUGGGGAAUGCAGUGCAGGAGGUGAAGCUAAAAGCACUUUAUACUCUGCCACGACACAUCACACCAUCGUUAUCUAAGCUAAUCUCUCCCACAAUCAAGAUAAUCUUACAAAUGAAAAGUCACAACAAAUAUGACGAACACAUGUAUGCCUUGGACACGAACCAGGCCAGACAAUGGAUAAUAAUCGGAGAUAGCAAUGGAUAUGUUGGCUUUUGGGACUAUCAUGCACAGAGAAAAAUAGAUUCGCUUAAAGUCUCAGCAACACACGCAAUUACGUGUGUUAAAUUUAUUGAAAGAGAGCACUGGAUUGUUGCUGGGACAGAGUAUGGUGACAUCCAAGUGUACGACUAUGAAAAAAAGAAGAUGAUCACAAGUUUCAGAGUUGGUGGCGGUGGACCAGGAGAACUCCUGUCAAUGGCCGUUCAUCCAAACAAGCCGUAUUUGCUGUCUGCGGGUUGGCAGCUGAAACUUUGGGACUGGGACAAAGAUUGGGAGUGUGUACACACAUUUGGAGAUAACUUCCAUUCAGCAUACCAAGUUGCAGUUAACCCAAAUAACACCAUUGCUACUGCUUCAGUAGAUUUAGAGGGAGACACUGUGAAGAUUUGGAGUCUUGAUUCUCCCAAAUCCAACUAUGCUUUGUCUGGGCAUUCGGGUAGAGUGACCUGCUUGGAUUACUUCACAUGCCAUGAUCAAGAAUUUUUGGUUACAGGCUCUGAUGAUCAGACUGCCAAGAUAUGGUAUUUGCAGAAGAAGAUAUGUGUGUAUACGCUUGAAGCUUUCAUAUCUCCAGUUAUGUCUGUCCUGUACCAUACCAAUCUUCAGACUUUAAUUAUAGGCUCAGAAGAUGGUGCUAUUUAUUUGUGGAGUACCGCAAAUUGCAGUCUACUUGCUGAAAAAAGACCCCAUAGGAUAUCUAUACGCCCCCCGAGGCUUACAAGAAUCAUCAAUAUUGGUUGUGUUGGAGCUGUCUACCAUCUCGCAUGUGCUAUGGGAAGCGUUGCAAUCGCAAAAGGAAACACCGUAGCAAUUAUGGAUAUCAAUAAUGUGGAUUAUCAAGAGCAAUCAACAUAUUGCAAUAAGCAGCCGUUAGGUGCCGAUACGAGACAACAUGCUGAAGACAGAGCGUCUAAGCAGGAAGUUUCAGGGUCCAUCAACAUGCUACCUAUACUUGACAUCCACCCGCUGGAACUCUGUUUCCCCUAUCAUCCGAAUGAGCCCAUCUCAUGCUCACUGGAACUAAGAAACAACACCGAUGAAAAUGUGGCAUUUAGACUUGUAGACAAGAGCGGAAAGUCUCCAUGGUGCUUCACAAAGCUACCAUUGUACGGUAUUGUGCCUCGCAGAUCCACAUGCAAUUUGAUUGUGACAACGAAAGAGGAGAUGAAGCUAAAGGAAAAGAAAGACUUCAAUCUCGUUAUUCAGAGCAGUUUACUGAGAGAUAAGUACACCAUGGUAUUCCAAAACCAUUCUGAGUGUGAUCUUUUCUUCGAGGAAGCCAAAGAGUUUGGGAAUAUGGUACAUGAGGUAAUACUGAAAGCUGUUUAUCUGCGGUAUGAAGAGACCCCAUCUAAGGAGCAUAAUAUAUCGGUGAAGUAUAAUCCUGACGAUUUGCGAUCCAUAGAUGCACACCAAACAGAGCCUUGGAUUUUAACAGGUCAUAGAAGUGGAUAUGCCCGUCUAUGGAACCAUGAGUACCUGAUGGAUUCGUUUAAAGUCUCGGGCGAUGAAGUAAGCAUCGUCAAGUUUAUUGCAAGAAAGAAAUGGAUUGUAGUUGUGACGGCAUAUUACCUGCAUGUGUACGACUAUGCGUGUGUAACCAAAAUAGAAAAGAUUCAGCGAGUGGGACCUACUGGUUACUCGACCGACAGUCCAAUACUAGCAGUUCAUCCAACUCUCCCAUCUGUGUUGUCAAUGUUCUAUACAAAUAUAGUGGUUUUAGACAUAGACCUGGGCUGGAAGAGGACACAAAAGAUUUCGAUUCACGAUGAUGUGAAAAGAGGAGGUAAGAAGGAGCAUGUUAAGACUGCUCUCUCAUUUAACCCAGGGGACCACAACCGGUUCGUAGUUGGGUUUAAACGUGGCGAAGUACAGGUUUGGAGACUUGAUUCUCUUCGUGACCCUGAAUAUUCUUUGCUUGGGCAUUAUGGUAAUGUGACCUGCCUUGAUUUUAUCAGACGUGGAGAUCAACACUAUUUGGUCAGUGGCUCUACGGAUUGCACUGCCAAGAUCUGGGACUUACAGAAAAGGGAGUGCAUUUGUACGCUGCCAGCUAUGUCUCCAGUUCUUUGUGUCUUUGCCCAUCCGAACCUUCCACUUCUAAUUACAGGAACAAAUCAUGGUAUCAUUCAUGUGUGGAGCACCACUGAUUUCAGGCUCAUGAGAACCAUUAACUUAGGCGGUGGUGGACAUGUUGUCGGUCUCGCAUGUUUGAUGGGCUCACAGAGGAUUGUGAUUGGGCAAGAGAAGGCAAUAUCUAUCAUGGAUAUAUGUGACGAUGAUGGGUUGCGACCCAUGCUGGUGACUCCCCGGAGGCAGCAUGCUGAAAACGAGCUUACUCAAGCUAAAGCAGAGCACCGCGAAACGGAGGAGCAUGGCCAAACAAAGGAGAUGCGACUCGCGUGCCGUGCCUGGGUGCUAGCGCGGCGAGUUGAAGGGGGGCAUUGAAGAGCUGAGGUGAAACAGAGGAACCGGCUGCAACGCAAGAGCAGCAGGCGUUGCGUCCCAGAGGUGCGACUGAAGCAGGGUGCAGUCCAUCCAAAGCAGUGCAAAGGGAAACAGAGGCACCGUCCAUAACGCAACACCAGCAAGUUCGCGAGUCAGUUCGCGCGCAUGUGCUAUCAAGGAAUGGUCCGAGUUUCCAGGACCCAAGCAAUGCGCGUACCGCCAUUGUUGGCAACUUUCAACACAAUCCAUUUGAAAGAUGGAUCAACUCUGAACCCAUGUACCUCUUGAUUACUCUGAGCAUAGAAUGUUCGCAAUUGCAACUCUCGUUAACUAGCAAAUACCGCGCGCGAUGCACUGGGACUUUGUUACAAUUUUUUCUAACACUAAGGAAUAAAGAAUUAGAAGGGUGCAUAUGUCACCUUAUUAAG